UUCCCUGAACAUCAUAAAAUGAUCUUGGACCGAUUGAAUGAACAGCGAGAGCAGGAUCGGUUUACUGACAUCACCCUGAUUGUCGACGGGCACCAUUUUAAGGCCCACAAAGCUGUUUUGGCUGCUUGCAGUAAGUUCUUCUACAAAUUCUUUCAGGAAUUUACUCAGGAACCUUUGGUGGAGAUAGAAGGUGUCAGUAAAAUGGCCUUUCGUCAUUUAAUUGAAUUUACAUAUACAGCAAAGUUAAUGAUACAAGGAGAAGAAGAAGCCAAUGAUGUAUGGAAAGCAGCAGAGUUUCUACAGAUGCUAGAAGCCAUCAAAGCCCUGGAAGUCAGGAACAAAGAAAAUGCAGCUCCACUUGAGGAAAAUAACACAGGAAAAAGUGACACAAAAAAAAGAAAAAUUGCGGAAACAUCCAAUGUUAUCACUGAAUCAUUGCCAUCUGCAGAGUCAGAACCCGUGGAAAUUGAGGUUGAGAUUGCUGAAGGCACAAUUGAAGUAGAAGAUGAAAGCAUUGAGAUAUUGGAGGAAAUGACUUCUGCCAAGGAGUCUAUAAAAUACAUUCAGAGCUCAGGUUCCUCAGAUGACUCUGCUUUAGUUCUGUUGGCAGAUAUUACCAGCAAGUAUCGUCAAGGUGAUAGAAAAGGGCAGAUUAAAGAAGAAGAUGGCUGUGCGUCUGACCCAACAAGCAAACAGGAGCACAUGAAAUCACACUCCACUGAGAGUUUCAAGUGUGAAAUAUGCAAUAAAAGGUAUCUUCGGGAGAGCGCAUGGAAACAGCACCUCAAUUGUUACCACCUUGAAGAAGGUGGAGUCAGUAAGAAGCAAAGAACUGGGAAAAAAAUUCACAUUUGUCAGUACUGUGAGAAACAGUUUGACCACUUUGGACAUUUUAAAGAGCAUCUUCGAAAACAUACAGGUGAAAAACCUUUUGAGUGUCCAAAUUGUCAUGAACGAUUUGCAAGAAAUAGCACACUCAAAUGUCACCUGACAGCAUGCCAAACUGGAGUGGGGGCAAAAAAGGGAAGAAAGAAGCUAUAUGAAUGUCAGGUCUGUAACAGUGUGUUUAACAGCUGGGACCAGUUCAAAGAUCACUUAGUAAUUCAUACUGGAGAUAAACCCAACCAUUGUACUCUAUGUGAUUUGUGGUUUAUGCAAGGAAAUGAAUUAAGGAGACAUCUUAGUGAUACUCAUAAUAUUUCAGAGUGUCUAGUAACCGAAGAAGUUCUUUCAGUAGAAACACGUGUGCAAACUGAACCUGUAACAUCAAUGGCGAUUAUAGAACAAGUUGGGAAGGUACAUGUGCUACCAUUACUUCAAGUCCAGGUGGAUUCAGCCCAAGUGACUGUGGAACAGGUUCAUCCAGAUCUGCUCCAGGACAGCCAAGUGCCCGAUUCACAAAUGAAUGAGCUUCCAGAGCAGGUCCAGGUGAGUUAUCUAGAAGUGGGUCGAAUUCAGACUGAAGAAGGAACAGAAGUACAUGUGGAGGAGCUGCAUGUUGAACGGGUAAAUCAGAUGCCAAUGGAAGUACAAACCGAGCUUCUAGAAGCACACUUAGAUCAAGUGACCCCUGAGAUCAUGAAUCAGGAGGAGAGAAGGCCUCACCAAGCAGAUACCACUGAGGAUGCCAGGGACGAUCAGGAAGAUCCUGAGAGUUUAAAGACCAAACCAACAGUGUAUUCCCAAGCUGAAAAGACAGGGGAUGAGGAGGACAGAACAACUAUGCCAGUUUUAGAAUGAAAUAACAAAAUGAAUAUAUUUUUUAAUUUACAUGUUGGGUUUUUCAACUGAUUAUGGGCAGUGUGACUGUCCUUGUUGAUAGACAAGUGGACCAAAGUUAACUAUUUCUUGUUGUGCUGACUGUUUCUAUUGAACCACACUGGUUUCUCCCCACUAAAUGUUACAGAGGAGAGAACUUUCCCAUAAAUGAAUGGGAAACUUUGAGUAUAUUUCUGAAAAUUUAAAUGGGUUAUAUUCUUAUUAUAUAGUUGGGUACGAAUGUAUCUAUUUUCAUUGUGGUAAGGGUUUUCCCUUCUCUUCCCAGGUCAUGUUCUUCCUCAAAUUGUUUUCCCUAUUGUAAAAUCACCUGUAAAACCAUUAGAAUACAUGGUUAUGUAUUCUAAUGCAUGUUAGAAAAUUGAAUAUAUAGAAAAUACAAGGCUGCAUGAAGAAAAGUGCAUUGUUACUGUGCAGUUAAAUUUUGGCUUCUGGCUUCCUUUAGUUUGAAUACCAUUUUUGUCUCCCCCAAUAGUCACAGAUGCCAUCUCUGCAACAGGAACAGAGUGGGGGUGGCAAAAUUUCUAGAAUGU